GAAAAUCCUCAAACAUUCAAAAAGAUUUAAAAAGGAAGUCUGAAAGCCUGUUUUUGAAAGAUGCAAAGUCCUCAAGCUUGAAACAUGAUCAGCCUUUCUUAUUUGGCUUUAGUAGCAUUGGCCUCAGCAGCUAGCUGCCCUAAGAUUCCAAAGGCCAGCACACUCAAGAUGGAAUUUUUGAUAUCAAAAGCAAACUCUCGUGCUUCUUCGAUGGAGGGUGCGGCAGUCGAAUUAGUUAAAAAAGACGAUAUGCAAGAGCUCGCGUUGAUAAACCAUUUUACUUUCUAUUCGACGACUCUUAGAGUUGGCCCACAGGGCGCUGAGAUUGACGUUCUUAUUGACACUGGCUCUUCUGACUUGUGGGUGAUGUCGAGCGAGAUCCAAUGUCUGACCACACCAGACAGCCAAAGUAGUUGUGCUCAAGUUGACUCGUUCGCCACCGCAGACUCGGACUCUUUCAAAGUCAACUCGACAGCUCCAGAAUUUCACAUCUCGUACUUGAGCAAUACAUACGCCAAGGGCUACUGGGGCCACGACUACGUUGCGUUUGGAGAAAUAAGAAUCCCCGAUUGUAGUUUUGCUGUGGUCAAUGAAACAACAUCAAGGCAUAGUGUUUUUGGUAUUGGACUUGCUCAGUCAGAGUCGACUUAUUCUGGAAUAAAUCGACGUAGUACUCCGUACACAUACGAAAACUUUCCACUUCGCUUGAAGUCUACGGGUCUCAUUAACAAAGUUUUAUACUCGCUCUAUUUGAACGCCUCAGAUGCUCUGACAGGGUCAAUAUUGUUUGGUGCUGUUGACCACGCCAGAUACACCGGACAACUACAUACAGUGCCCCUUGUUAACAUUAAUGCCCAAUAUUUUGCAAAGCCGAUUCGGUUCGACAUUAUUCUUGAUUCCAUCACUUUAGAAAGCACAUCACACAACGUUUCGGUGUUUCUGUCUCAAGUCCUGGCAUUGUUGGAUUCCGGCGCCUCUUUGACGUAUCUCCCGGGGGCUAUUUUGGAUGGUUUUGCGUCACUGUUGGGUGCAUAUAUGAAUUCGUCUGAAGCUUAUACAAUAAAUUGCGAGAAAGCUUCAGAUAGAAUCUUCACCGUGUUUUAUUUCUCCGGAGCUAGAAUAAAAGUGCCCUUAUCGGACUUGAUCUUCCGACUGGGAAGCUCGUGCUAUUUGGGAAUUUUGGAACUGCCAAGUGAUCAAUUAAGCGGCGCUUCAUAUGCAAUUUUGGGUGACAACUUCCUUCGUAGCGCCUAUGUUGUGUAUGACUUGGAAGAGUACGAGAUCUCUUUGGCGCAGGCCUUCCAUGGCAGUGAAGAAAAUAUUGAGGUGGUCACGAGCUCAAUUCCCCUGGCUACUCGAAAUGGUGGACCCCUGUCAAGGUCUUUAGCAAACAUGAGUUCAAGCUCGCAAUUGACGCCCACGGGGCAAAAACAGUUUACAGGGACCAUCUCUUUUGCUACUUCAGUUCUGCUUGCAGUAUUUGGAGUGUGUGUUCUUUUGGCAUUUUAAUUAUAAUAGCCCGUAAACUUGUUAUAUCUCAGAAAUAAACACAAGCAGAAUGCUAUUGCUUUUAGUGUCGUGUAUUGAACAAGGUCUUAGCUCUACAUGUCUUUACCUGUCUAAAAAUUCAGUUUCCUUCCAUUCAAUCAGUCUUGUGCUAUGAUUCACUUAAUUCAUUUUAUGUUGUGUGCUUGAUCAUAUCAAAUUUAAUGGUAGCAGGUAGAGUCCGGAAAACAUAUGCCCCACCAGUCGGCAAACCAUUGAAUUCCCCAACCGUCAAGCUCCACUGAAUGCCACAGAAUUGGAGUUCUUGGCGACACUGUUUAUU